CACUUUGCCUCAACUUUUUCUCCGUGUUGGAUUCUGUGAGCUGCAGACACAGAGGAAAGACAACAAUGUGGAAAGCAGCAGUGUUUGUGUUGUUGGUGCUGCUGCACAUGGAAAUGCAGGUGAAUGGUGCUGCAGGUAAGACUGAGGACUCUGUGGCAGACAACUCUAGACCUGAGAAAAAGGUGAAGAAAGAGCAGGCUGAAGCCACCAACACCAUUCCUGCAAGUGACACUCCAAGUUUCUUGGGCAACUUGCUGGUGGUGCCCAUGGAUGGGAGCCACUGGAUAGGAAUAAAGGCCAUUGCCCAAGAAAUGGGUCGCCGUGGACACCGGGUCACCGUGGUGAUACCAGAGAUCAGCAUGCGGAUGGGUCCAGGGAAACACUACGAAACUGUGACCUAUCCUGUUCCCUAUGACAAGGCUCAUAUUGAUGCUGUCAUGUCCAAAAACAAGGACAUGUUGAAAAAAUCUGCACUGUCAUUUACAGAGAAGAUAAGGAACCGUUUCACACAAAUCCAGAGGAUAACAGGCAUUAUCCACGACACAGCGGAGAGCCUACUGUUCAAUGGCAGUCUGGUCUCACAUCUGGCACAGCAGAACUUUGAUGCUGUCCUGACAGUCCCCAUGGUGCCCACAGGCUCAUUAUUAGCUCGGAAAUUAGGUAUCCCCACUAUAAUGUGGAUGACUGCAAUGCCGUGUAAUUUGGAUGUGAAGUCUACAGGCUACCCCUCCCCGCCCUCAUAUGUUCCCCGCUACUUCACCAGAUACACGGACAAAAUGAACUUCAAGGAGAGAACUGUUAACACUUUGGUAGCUUUACUGGAGCCGCUGGUUUGCCGACUGAUGUACUGGCACUUUGACACAAUGGCCUAUCAGUUCCUGGGAGAGGAGGUGGGCGUGGCUGAAGUGCUGUCUGACUCCGCUAUCUGGCUGACGAGAACUGACUUCACACUGGACUUCCCACGCCCCCUCAUGCCUAAUGUAAUACCAGUUGGUGGAAUCAGCUGCAAUGUGAGACAUCCUCUGCCUGAGGAUCUGGAGUCCUGGUUGUCAGGAGAGCAUGGGUUUGUAGUGUUCACUCUGGGCUCCAUGGUGUCAGAUCUGCCAGAGGAGACGACCUCCGUCUUUCUUGAAGCCUUUAGACAGAUUCCACAGAAGGUGAUAUGGAGGUACACCGGGCAGGUUUCCGAGGAUGUCCCAGAAAAUGUGAAGCUGAUGAAAUGGGUGCCUCAGAACGACCUGCUGGCUCAUCCUGGAGCUCGGGCCUUCAUCACUCAUGCCGGCUCACAUGGUCUCUUUGAGGGACUGUGUCAUGGCGUUCCCAUGGUGAUGGUGCCACUUUUAGGCGAGCAGCCCGACAACGCGGCGAGGUUGGCGAGCAGAAGAGCCGGAGUCGUGCUGGAUAUUUUUUCGAUCACUACAGAAAGCCUUCUUCAGGGACUGAAUGAGGUCAUCAAUGACACCAGGUAUAAAGAGAACGUGCAGAAGCUGUCAGCUCUCCAUAAAGACCGGCCAGUCGACCCACUGGACCUUUCAGUGUACUGGACUGAAUUUGUGAUGCGGCACAAAGGGGCAAAACAUCUCAAAGCUGCUGUCCAUGACCUCAACUGGGUCCAGUACUUCUGCCUGGAUGUAAUAGCACUUCUUGUUACUGUAGUGCUGCUUUUUAUCAUAGUGACAGUAAAAUGCUUGAAACUAUGCCUCAGGAAACUGAGCAGGAAGAGGAAGCAGGAAUAACCUGCUGCUACAUUUACACCUUCAGCCAGCAAUAACACUGUAUGGAAAGGGGAGAAAACAUAACUGUCAUUAAAAUAUGAAUGCAAAGUUAAUGCGGUUACAGAUUAAAGAUGUGACAGAAUGUGUGAAGAAUAAUUGAAGUAACGGGGUGAUCAAAAAACUUUUGUUAAACAGAAAAUACAGAAUAUUAUUAGAUUCCAUUAUGGUCUGGGUUUGAAGAACAGUGACAAUGACAUUUUUUGCUUUUAUCUUCUCUGGCUCUGUAAGGAGCUGGUCGCACCUUUUUUUUGGCCAUUUCCUUCACAUCAAAAAGGAGGACACUUUGCAUACAUAGGACACGCAAGCAGAUAUUUGUUUGGUAUGAUCCAGUUUUAAGCAGAGUUGUACUCCAAUUAGCUCGAUGCUAGUCAGUGCUAGCAUGUCUCUCCAUAGCUGCUUUGCCUUUGCUGCUCACAUCUACAUCGCUUCGACAUAAUGUACAAACAAAAUGAAACUCAUCCCUAGUACUUUUAAAUGCCCUCCCAUUUUAUUUUGUGAUUUUACCUCAUUUGAAUAUCUUGGUUUUAUUGUUAACUCUAGGGACCCUGUGUUAUUUUUAGUCAUCUACCGACCACCCAGACCAAACAAUGUUUUUAUUCAGGAAUUCUCUUCUGAAUUACUUUCCGAUUUUAUGACAAAAUUCGAUAACAUUGUGGUUUAAAGUGAUCUUGACAUUCAUGUCUGUUGUCCCACUCUUUUAGAUUUUAUGGACACCUUGGAGUCUUUU